AUGCUCUUCCACACUUCGGGAGACCGCGAACUAACAUAUUCAGGCGAGAAGCCCAGAGAUGGGAUGGGCCAUCAAUUCGAUUACGAUCCAGACAUGGCGCAUCCAGCAGCAGAGUACCGAGACCAACACCCCGUCACCUUACCACCAGGAGUCUCCGAACGGAAACUCAUCACCAAGAUCGACUUUCGGGUCAUCCCUGCUCUGAGUAUUCUCUAUUUACUUGCAUUCCUUGACCGCACGAAUGUCGCGAACGCCGCGAUUUUUGGUCUCCAGAAGGAUCUGGGCUUGUCUGCCACACAAUAUUCGACCGCAUUAACAAUCUUCUUCGUCCCAUACAUUAUAUUUGAGAUUCCUUCCAACAUCAUUCUGAAAAAGCUCAAGCCUCAUGUUUGGCUCUCUCUGUGCAUGUUUGGCUUCGGUCUUGUGACAGUCUGUCAGGGAUUGGUACAAGGCUAUGGGGGCAUUAUCGCGACCCGCUUCUUUCUAGGUUUAUUUGAGGCGGGCAUGUUUCCUGGUUCGUUCUAUCUGAUCGGAAUGUGGUAUACGAGGAACGAAGCACAGAAGCGGUACACAUUCUUUUUUGCGAGCACGACUCUGGCAGGCGCCUUUGGUGGCUUGUUGGCCUCUGCCAUUGGCAAGAUGGAUGGUAUCCGCGGCUACCUUGGAUGGAGAUGGGUCUUCAUUCUCGAGGGCCUACUUACUUGUGUGGUGUCCUUUGCUAUCUUCUUUGCCAUCCCGGACUUUCCAGAGGACGCAAAGUGGUUGACCGAACCGGAGAGAGAGUACGUCAAGGCGCGUCUUCAAGAAGAUCAAGGUAAAUCUGCUCUGGAAAGAUCUAUCACCUUUAAAGAUGUGGUGAACUGCUUCAAGGAUUAUAAAUUGUUCCUUGGAGGAUUGAUGUACUUUGGCCUUAUUGUACCAGCUUACGGUUAUGCCUACUUUGCACCCACCAUCAUCAAAAGCUAUGGCUACAGUCCAAUUCAGACACAGUUGCACUCAGUUCCCCCUUGGGCCGCUGCUUUCGGUUUUAGUAUGUUUGUUGCUGCAUUCUCCGAUUGGACUCGUCAUCGAUUCCUCUUCACGAUCGGACCUAUUUGCAUCUCCAUAACAGGCUUUGCAAUGUUGAUGGUCAUUCACCACCACAGAAACGCUCAAUACGCCGCUUUGUUUUUGAUCACUUGUGGAACUUACAGUGCCAUGCCCAUUAUUGUCUGUUGGUUCACCAUGAAUCUUGGAGGCCAUCACAGACGGGCUGUUGGUAGUGGAUGGAUCAUAGGAUUUGGCAAUAUUGGCGGAAUCAUCGCGAGUUACAGUUUCAAGGCGAGCGAUGCAUCGUCAUUCUUCCACCGAGGCUAUAGUAUUUGCUUGGGAUUCAUCUGCCUCAGCGCAGUGAGUUGCGUGCUGUACUUCAUUGCAGUCGUCUCACAGAACAGGUCUCGCGCUAAGACUCGGGAUGUGGGUGUCACGGAAUACGAGAAGAUCGAAUUGGGCGACAUGAGUCCCUCUUAUCGUUACAUGUACUAA